UAUCUCAUAAGUUGAGUUUGCAGCAAUUAUUUAGAGGAGUCUCUCCGAAAAAUUGUCUUAGUAUAAACUCAUAAUGGUACCACCUAAGAAAGAUGCAUUUGCUGAUUUAUUUCAGUCUGCCACUAGUUCGAAUAAUAGUGGCACUAAGCUCAAUAAUUUAUCAAUGUUAGAAAGGCUGAAGUUACAACAAUCGGGAGGUAAUGGACCUUCUAAUAAUUCAUAUUCAAAUUUAGAUAUUUUAUCAGGUUCUUCAUCAAGAAUAGCAUCUCCUUCUCCAUCAUUAACUCCAAAUCCAAGACCAAUUCCUACUAUGAGUCCUCGAAUUAAUAUAUCUCAAACAAAUACUCCAAUCUCUGUUGCGACUUCAAAUUCUUCAUUAGCAUCCAAUACACCAAGAUUAUCCCAACAAGUACCCCCCCUGUCGAUUGAUAAUGAUCCCUUUGAUAUUUUUCUUAAAAAGGAUACGACUACGACUGCACAAUCAAAAAUUGUAAAUGGGAAUGGAAAUGGGAAUAAACCAACCACUAAUAUAGCGAAUGAUUUUAAUGGCAUUUCAUUACUUGAUGAUGAUUUCACAGAUGCCUUUGAAUAUAAACCACCAGUAAAAGCAACUCCUCCACCACCACCUGUUAAUCCAAUUCCCGAAAGACCAUCAAGCACUUCUAAGAAAGAUGAAGUAUUAGCUGAACUAAUUGAUAUUGGUUUUAGUAUAGAUGAUGCCAAUGAAUCAAUACGAGAAAUGGGUCCAGAAUUACAAUUAUGUGUGAAUUAUAUCAUGAAUAAGAAUUCCAAACCUAAUACUCCCAAGCCAACCAAGCCAAAUGCGGUUAAUUCAGCUCCUGCAUUACCAUCAAGACAACAAUAUGCUGAAGAUUAUGGCGGUAUUAAUAUAGGUGAUAUUGGUCAAGAUUGGUAUAAUAAAGCUAAUAAAUUUAUUAACAAAUCAAAGAAGACUGUGUUGAAAAACAUUGAGAAACAAAUGCAAGGUGGAUCAUAUGGUAAAGGUGAUAGUAACAGUUCAUUACCCCAAUGGAUGAGAGAUCAAGAUAAAUAUAAGGCAGAUGCUGUGGAAAAGAAAUUUGAAGGUUCAGAAGAUUAUGGAUCUGAUGAAGAAAAUAUUAAUCAAGAAGAUAUUCAAAGAUUUAUGAGACUUCAGAAGGAGAAGGAAAGAGAAAGAAAUAAAGCCAGACUUGAAAAAGUGUAUAAUAAAGUAACUGGAUCUAAAGAAGGUUCUCCAAGUUCUGAAUUAUAUCCUGAACCUAAGUUACCCCCAAGGCCAACUAGACAAUCUCCCCCAUCAUCCAGAAGUUCUCCAAUUUCAACACCUCGUAUAUCUGCUAGAACCUCACAAUCAGAAAGAUCAGCUAGUGAAAGAUUAGCUCCAUCAAGAUCAAACGGCCAGAUAGGGACUCCUUCCACAUCUACAGCUCUGCAAAGUCUCCGUCGUGAAAGUAAACCAACCCCAAACCCUACUCCAAACCCUACUCCAGUGCCAACUCCAAAGCCUGCUCCAGUACCAGAGAUAGAUUUAAUUGGAAUUUCUGGUUCGUCUACUGUUUCCUCUUCAUUGAGGGCCGCCACCCCAUUAAACCAAUUUCAACUGGUUGAUUACAAUACUUCUAAAACAACUGCAUCAGAAGCAUUCAGAUCAGGAGAUUAUGACAAAGCAUUAGAGAAUUAUAAAAAGUGUAUAGGUGCAUUACCCGAAAAGCAUGAAAAGAGAGUAAUUAUCUUUUCAAAUUUGGCAAAUGUUUAUAAAUUGGUAGGAUCUUUAAAGAAGAGUAUAGAAAGUAUUGAUGAAGGUCUUAAAUUAAUUGGUAAAGAUGAAAUUUCGAAUAAGGAUUUGGAAAUUGAAUCUAAACCAAUAAGAUAUUGGUAUGUGAAAUUACUUAUAACAAAAGCCGAAACAUUAGAAUUAUUAGAGAAAUAUCCAGAUAGUUUAACUACCUAUCAAGAAUUAUUAACAUUAAAUGUUAAUGAUAAAAAAGUUUUAGAUUCUAAGAAUAGAAUUGAUAAAAUUGUUAAUCCUCAAAAUUAUAUAUCAAGACCAUCAUCUACUGUACCUAGUAAACCUGUUGUACAACAAAAGUCUAUUCCAACUAAACAAGUAUCUCCAGUACCACCACGAAAACAAACAGCUGAUAAAGAUGAUAUUGAUCCAAUAUUAAAAGAAAACAUUGAUCUUCAAAUUCAAGAUUGGUUGAAAGGUAAGAAUUUCCGAGAACUUUUAGUAUCUAUUAAAGAUAUAAUUCCUAGUAAAAUUAAUGUUAAAGCUGUUGAAAAAGGUGAUGUAUUAUUAAAUAAAAGGGUAAAGAUUCAAUAUUUAAAGACAAUAGCCAUGAUUCAUCCUGAUAAAACUUAUGUUCAAUGUAAAGAUGAUAUUAAGACACAAUUAUUAUGUAAUGGAGUCUUCAUUCAUCUUAACAAACAAUGGGAAACAUUUAAAGCUGAGAAUAAUUUAUAAUCUAUAAUCUAUAUACAUUAAAAGCCGCAUAACUAUAUAGAAAUGCAAAUAUAUUUAUUUCGCAGCAAAAAAACAAAUUUAGAUAGACACACCUUUAACGGGAUUUGAAAUUCUAACCUGUAAUU